GUUUAUGUAACCAAGCCAUAAAAAUUAGUUCCAAGAUCGUGCUGGCAGACACACUUUAGCCUGGGAGCAAUAUUUCUUUGUUGUUGUGGUUGGUAACUCUUAUAAUGGAAGCAUCUGCAGCCUUCCCUAUGUAAGCCUGUUUAUUUCCCCAGGCAUUUCUAGUGGGGAGAGAACCAACUAGAUGAGAUGGCAGAACAGGAAGAAUACAUGUUUGGAUACUCUUCAACAAGAAUUCUAAUACAGGGUCUUCAGAGAAACAGCAAAGUAAGAAUCCCACAAAAGGACGCUUUCUCUAGCGGAAGGGCACGUCGCCGUCAGAGGUUCUAGAGGAGAGAACCAGAAGGCAGAGGCACUUUCUUCAUCCUCGCUCUCCCUGUUCUCUCCAGAAGCAGCCUUUCAUUUUAAAUGUUGUGUUUGGUCUCCAUUUGCUACUGCCAGCCAGAGAAGACAGCACUGAGCUAGACAGACCAGAGGUGAAUGGAUACCUGCGAUGGAAGUAGAACCAUGACAUUAUACAUACAACCUUGCUGUCUGUCAUACAUCCAUUAAGGCACAAGAGCCCUGCUACGGACUCUUCCUUAGACAUCAACAAGUGCUUUAGGAGACAGAGCACCAGCUUCUUUUAAAAGUAAGAGGCCGCCUCAAGAACAGCCUGAAAACGCCAAGCUCCAAACAAAUUCCAAAGACUACAAACCACAUUUUAAAUUGUAGCCUCUAUCAUGCAAAAAAUCUGAAAGAGGUGCAAAAGUAAAACGGGAACAACCAGACUGACGCUGGUGCGGUUCAUCUGCCUGAAACCACAGCCAGCUUCUUCUGUGCGGGUUGUGUUCCCACAUCUGGGGCUGCCAGAUGUGGCCAAAGAAGAAGUUGUCAGAUGCGAGCGAAUGAGAGCGUGGGGGGCUCCUUGCAAGUCGUGCAGCAAGGCAGAGGAUCGAGAAAAGUAUCAGGGGGGAGAAAUUCCUUUUCCUCGCCUCCGCGCCCCCCCCCCCACGUGGAGAGGCACGCAGAGAAUAAAGUUGGGAGAGCACCGCGCUGGGGUCUCCAGCAAAAUCGCGCGCGCUCGCUCGCUCGCUCCUGCCUGGUAGAUCUUCUCCCCACCCCUAAGCACAGAAAGGACGAGGAGGAGGAGGAGGAAGAAAGGCAAAGAGGGUGGCGGAGGAGCAGGACAACCCUGCAACAUCUGUAAAACUUGGACGGGAGGAGGCGGAGGCGGCCGAGAAAGCAGCGGAACGGGCAACUUUUCGAACACGUAUCAUUGUGAAGAGAGUUGAAGUAAUGAGAAGUCAUCAUGGAAGCCCAGUCCCAUAGCUCUACCACCGGGGAGAAGAAAAAAGUUGAGAAUCCCAUUGUGAAAUCCUCCACUCGAACAGAUGUCAGUGAGAAAGCCGUUGCCUCCAGCACAACAUCCAAUGAGGAUGAAAGUCCUGGACAGACCUAUCACAGUGAGAGAAGAAACGCAAUCACAAUGCAGCCACAGGGCGGGCAAGGCCUCAGUAAAAUCAGCGAAGAGCCUUCGACAUCUAGCGAGGAAAGGGCCUCAUUAAUCAAGAAGGAGAUCCAUGGAUCUAUAUCACACCUUCCUGAGCAUUCCAUACCUUAUCGUGGGACAGUCUUUGCUAUGGACCCCAGGAAUGGUUAUAUGGAUCCUCCUUACCACUCAGCCUCUGCUUUGAAUUCUAUAAAGUACUAUCCGCCUCAUCUUUUCCCAGCAUUCCACCCUCCUGUACCAAUAGACGCCAGGCAUCAUGAGGGACGUUAUCAUUAUGAACCAUCUCCCAUUCCUCCGUUGCAUGUGCCUUCUGCUUUAUCAAGUAGUCCAACAUAUUCAGACUUGCCGUUCAUCAGAAUAUCCCCACACAGGAACCCUGCUGCAGCAUCAGAGUCUCCUUUUAGCCCACCUCAUCCAUACAUUAACCCAUACGUGGACUAUAUACGGUCACUACAUAGCAGCCCUUCUCUGUCUAUGAUUUCUGCAGCCCGGGGACUGAGCCCUACAGAUGCUCCACAUGCUGGAGUGAGUCCUGCUGAAUAUUACCAUCAGAUGGCUCUCCUGGCAGGUCAACGCAGCCCAUAUGCAGACAUCAUUCCUUCAGCUGCCACAGGAGCUGGUGCCCUUCAUAUGGAGUAUCUCCAUGCUAUGGAUAGCGCUAGGUUUCCAAGUCCAAGGCUGCCAACAAGACCAAGCCGAAAGCGAACGCUGUCCCUAUCACCUCUAUCUGAUCAUAGCUUUGACCUUCAGACCAUGAUCCGGACAUCUCCAAACUCCUUGGUCACAAUUCUCAACAAUUCCCGCAGCAGUUCCUCAGCAAGUGGCUCCUACGGCCAUUUAUCUGCGAGUGCAAUAAGCCCAGCGCUGAGUUUCACAUAUCCUCCCACACCAGUAUCCCUCCAGCAGAUGCAUCAACAAAUCAUCAGUCGUCAGCAAAGCUUGGGCUCAGCCUUUGGACACAGUCCUCCACUCAUCCAUCCCGCUCCAACCUUUCCUACCCAGAGGCCUAUUCCUGGCAUCCCCAGUGUCUUGAAUCCUGUCCAGGUCAGUUCAGGUCCAUCGGAGUCAACACAGCAGAGCAAACCCACGAGUGAGUCUGCAGUGAGUAGUACAGGGGACCCGAUGCAUAACAAGCGUUCGAAGAUCAAACCAGAUGAUGACCUCCCCAGCCCCGGUGCAGGAACAUUGCAGGAAGCACCCGAAGGAAUGACCUUAGUGAAAGAGGAAGGGGACAAAGAUGAAAGCAAGCAAGAGCCUGAAGUAGUUUACGAGACAAACUGCCAUUGGGAAGGCUGCUCACGAGAGUUUGACACGCAGGAGCAGCUAGUGCAUCAUAUCAACAAUGACCACAUACAUGGGGAGAAGAAGGAGUUUGUAUGUCGAUGGCUGGAUUGUUCUCGAGAGCAGAAGCCAUUCAAAGCCCAGUACAUGCUGGUUGUACACAUGAGGAGGCACACAGGAGAAAAGCCACACAAAUGCACUUUUGAAGGCUGUACAAAGGCCUACUCCAGGCUAGAAAACUUGAAAACCCACUUGAGAUCUCACACUGGAGAGAAACCAUAUGUUUGCGAACAUGAGGGCUGCAACAAGGCAUUCUCGAAUGCGUCUGAUCGUGCCAAGCACCAAAACAGAACACAUUCCAAUGAGAAGCCCUAUGUCUGCAAGAUACCAGGCUGCACAAAGCGGUACACGGACCCCAGUUCUCUCCGAAAGCACGUAAAGACUGUGCAUGGUCCUGAGGCACAUGUCACCAAGAAGCAGCGGGGAGACAUCCACCCAAGGCAUCCCCCACCAAGAGACCAAGGCAGCCAUUCUCAAACCAGAUCCCCAGGCCAUCAGACUCAGGGUGCAAUUGGUGAGCAAAAGGACCUCAGCAACACUACCUCAAAGCGUGAAGAAUGCCUCCAAGUUAAAGCUGUCAAGUCAGAGAAGCCAAUGACAUCUCAGCCAAGCCCUGGUGGUCAGUCUGCAUGCAGCAGCGAACAGUCCCCCAUCAGCAACUAUUCCACCAAUGGGAUCGAGCUUAAUCUGACCAAUAGAGGUAGUGUAGGAGACCUCAGUGUCAUAGAUGAAACCCCUAUCAUGGACUCUACCAUUUCCACAGCAACCACAGCUCUUGGCUUGCAGGCCAGGAGGCAUAUGACAGAGACCAAAUGGAUGGAGCAAGUCAAGCUAGAAAGAUUGAAUCAAAUCAAUGGAGUGCUUCCAAGACUGAACCCCAUUCCACCUUCCAAAGCCCCCACCUUGCCACCUCUCAUAGGAAAUGGUACUCAGUCAAACAACAGCUGCGGUGUAGGAGGAAACAUGACUAUCGUAACCAACAAAAAUGAACUCACAAACAUGGACAUUACUGUGCUAAACAUGCUGAACAGAAGGGACAGCAAUACCAGCACAAUCAGCUCAGCCUACAUGAGCAGCCGCAGAUCCUCUGGGAUUUCACCCUGUUUUUCCAGUCGGAGAUCUAGUGAUGCUUCCCAGGGUGAGGGGAGGCUCCAGAACGUCAGUGUUGCUGAUUCUUACGAUCCCAUCUCAACUGAUGCCUCCAGGCGGUCCAGUGAAGUCAGCCAGUGUGAUGGCUUGCCAGGUCUUCUCAGCCUCACCCCUGCCCAGCAAUAUAGGCUGAAAGCAAAAUACGCAGCAGCCACUGGUGGGCCCCCACCAACACCACUGCCUAAUAUGGAGAGGAUGAGCUUGAAAACAAGAAUGGCACUUUUGUGUGAUGGUAGGGAGUCUGGGUUGUCACCACUGCCUCCAGUGAAUUCUCCUCGAAGAUGUAGUGAUGGUGGGACAAACGGUUACAACAGGAGACACUUACUAUCUCAUGAUGUGUUGGGGAAUGGCACAAGGAGAGCCAGCGAUCCUGUGAGACCAGUCUCUGAUAGCCUUUCUUUUCCCAGAGUGCAGCGUUUCAGCAGUCUCAAUAGCUUUAACCCUCCAGCUUUGGCUCCAUCCAUGGAAAGGCGGAAUUUCAUCCUUCAAAACUACACCCGCUCUGAUGGUGGCUUGUUCCGCAACUUCUGUUCCCCUUGUCCCCCGUGUAUCUCUGAAAAUGUGGCUAUGGAAGCUGCUACCAUGGAAGGAGAUGGCAACCUGAAUGAUGAGGAUUUUCUGCCAGAUGAUGUGGUCCAGUAUUUGAAUUCCCAGAAUCAGGGUGUGUACAAUCAAGUGCCCAGUGGUGGACUAGACAACAACAAAGGACAUCAUAGUUCAGCAGUGGGGAACAGCAACACCUUUGACCAGUCCCCUCCACUGAACAACUCUGAGGCCAGUAAAAAUGAUCUGCCAAUUCAGUGGAAUGAAGUGAGCUCAGGAAGUUCCGACUUGUCUCCAUUAAAAUUAAAAUGUGGCCAACGGUCCCUGAUCCACCACACUCAAGCCUUAGGUCUCUAUAACAACAUGAUUGUCCAACAGCAUCAGCAUGGGAUGGAAAGUAAUGGUGUGACCCAACAAAAUGGCUACCAGCAUCUUUUAGACAAUAAUGGUUCUUGCAGUUUACAACAGAACACAAUCAUGAACAGCAGUGAUACCAGUCAUUCUUACCACCUACAGUCCAAUAAAGCACAGCUAUAUGGUGAAACUAUUGGUAGACAACCAGUGGACAAUACCUGUGACUUGUUGGUUCAAGGACAGAAACUGAGAAACAAUUUCAUGCUAGCUAAUGGGAACCAGCAAAAUUUUGGCUGCCCUGUGGUAUCAGAUGAGCAAUCUGCCAAUCCAAGUAACAGGAUGCAGAACAGAAACGCGGUUGUCCAGGAGUACCUGCACAAUCAGUCAGUAGAUGAAGUCACUCACUAUGAAGACAUAAAUAAUUCCAACAAAAUGAUGAUAGAACAAGCUUCUUCACAACCCAGUCUGUAUCAAGGGCCACAGAGCUGUCUGCCACUGUGUCAAAAUACUGGGAGUCAGCCAUCAGGUCCAGCAAUGGCCAAAGGUUACCAGCCCUGUGCCAGCCACUGUGUGGGCCGAUGGCAAAGUAUGCUAAGGAAUAGCUUGGGCCGGCCACAAGGACAUGUACGGGAUGCCCACCAGCCACACAGGGUCAAUGGCAUCAAGGUAGAGUCUCAAGGUCAGUUGCAGCAGUUCUGCUCUAAUCUGCAGAAUUACUCUGGUCAGUUGUAUGACCAAACCACAGGGUUUAGCCAGCCAGCUCUGAAAACCGGCACUUUCCCCGGUUCAGAAGCCAACUGCCUGCUGCAGGGGACUGGUGAUGCAAAUUCAUCAGAGCUUCUCUCCCCAGGGGCUAACCAGGUGACUAGCACAGUUGACAGCCUUGACACCAGCAGCCUUGAAGGGGUGCAGAUUGAUUUUGAUGCCAUCAUAGAUGAUGGCGACCAUGCCAGCUUAAUUUCAGGAGCCCUCAGUCCCAGCAUCAUUCAGAAUCUCUCCCGCAAUUCCUCCCGUCUUAGCACUCCCCGAGCGUCUCUUACAUUCCCGGCUAUGCCCAUAAGCACAACCAACAUGGCUAUUGGGGAUAUGAAUUCCUUGUUGACCUCACUUGCAGAAGAAAGCAAGUUUCUUGCUGUUAUGCAAUAGACCUAAACAACUUAGGAGAUGAAAGAUUUUAAAAAAUAAUUCCUUUUUUAUUUGUUUUAAGUACUUUAGCAGUCUCAUCUCAGCCUAAAUGGGAUGUGUUUCAAGUAUAUUCCUUUUAUGGAAUAAGGACUCUGAAAAACCCUAAAGUGUUCUAGGGAGAAACUGUCUUCCGUUUCAAUUUUGAAUCAGUAUUGUUACACCCACGGUUCCCCCUUUUUUUAAUUUUUAAUGUUUGUAUGGCUCUUCUUUUUGUUUUAUUUUUUGUAAUUGUAAACCAGUGUAAAUGUGUGAAGUGCAUGUUGGUUUAUUUUUGAGAAAGGUCUGAUGGAUUUAUGUCACAGCUUAUUGCUACUCGAAAGGAAAUGCAGUCUUGCAUGGUUGUUCCCCAAGCUCUUCUACAGCCAGUUUUUAACAUGUGGGCCCAACAACUGAGCAUCUAUUUCCAGCUGGCAUUCUGGCUUCCAGCCUCUUCGCACUGCUCCCAUGCAAACUCCCUCGGACAAAAAUGGUUUGAAGCAAGAUGAAUACCAUCAACAUUGCAUAUGCUUGCGAUGUCAUUUCUGUUGCUCUACGCUUGCAAGCCGUCUGCCUUCAACAAACUCUCGUCCAGUCAGCUUGUCGGUUGCAUUUUCUAAGCCGUCUUCUGGAGCAGCCUUCCUGAACCCUGUGAAUGUGCUGGAUGUAUUGGACUACAGCUCCUCCUGGAUGUGUUGAGCCACAACUCUCAGUUGGCAGGGAAUGAUGGGAAGUGUAGUCCAACACGUCUGGAGGGCAUCAGGUUAGGGAAAGCUGUUCUAGGGUGCGUGGCCAGUUCAUGCUGUCCUGUCCUCUCGGGCUUCAUCAUGGUCCUGUGCGAACUGUGGGUUGGCCUGGUGCCACAUUGGUUACAUGUGGGGAGGAUCAGUAAGAAUGAACACCCUGCCUUUCAGUGAACCAUCUCAGAAAAUUUACUGCGGUGCCUGUGAAUGGGCACCGGAGGAACUCCAGUUUCAUCAUCGUGGCCUCUGUGCAUCACACAUUAUGGGUGCUGCGCCUGUCUGGAGCACAAGUUGGAAACGGCUUCUCUAGAAUAAAGGAAGAACGUACAAGUAAUUAGAUCUGGAGCAUAUCCCUAGCAAAAACAGAAGUUCUAAAGGAAUGUAAUUACAAAACAGCUGGCUGCUCUUCUUUGUGUCAGAAAUUGGUGUGGCUUUUCAAACUGCCAUGAUCAUAAUCUUCUCAUAGAGUUGUUGCAAAAUGGGGAUUAACUUGAACAUGCAUCAGUAUAAUUCCGAUUUUAUUAGAUGCCUCCUUGUCUAAGACUUAAGUUUAAACACAACUUGCACUUUGAAAUGAGGUUUGGUUCAACAUGUUUGUCAUUGACUUCAGGACAAUGUGCAUAGCUCUAAGGGCUUAGAAGCUCACAUUGUCUAUUGGUCAAAAUGUUCAGCUCAUUAUAAGCACAGGCUUUCCAGAAUCCCAUUGGAUUCCACAGAUCUUAGACAUAGGGCCAACGUCUCACGGUAAUCUGCUUGUAAUGCUGCUAUCAAUGUCUCCUGUCAGUAAUUGGAAGCGCCACUCAUGGCUUAAAAAGAGGCAAGACUGACCAAUUCCCACUUACAUAUCUCAAUGUAAGAGCCUCCACUUACCUGCCUUCUCCUGCUUCAUGCAGGUAGGUACAGAAAGUAGAUACCAAGAUGUUUUGGACUAACUCUCAGCAUUCUUGACCAUUGGCCUGCAGUCGGGUUUCUGGGAGUGGAAGUCAAAAACAUGGAGAUGUACCUUCUGCUCGCCCCUGCCUCAACCAGUCACACCAGCAUGCUUCAAGAGCAGAAGCAGAAAUGAUCUAUCCAGGCAUCUUCAAAGCAGAGAAGCUGGAUGAAGGGGAAGGCAAUCACAGAGACCCCUACCUUAUGCUAACAAUGCCCAAUCUACAAACUGGGCAUUGCCCAGAAUGUAGAUCAUGUGAUAUAUUUUGCGAUUUCUUUGAUAAUUAGGUGUUUCUGUAGGGUAGGGGUUUUGCCUCUGAAUUCACUACACCAUCUCGAGUUCAGUAACACCAAUACUGUGUGAUUAUAUCCCAAUUAGAAUAGAUGCUAUUUACUCUUAUGAGGUUUUGCCCAGAGGUUACAGUGUUACGUCUAAGAUAUGGCCUGUUCUGAAUGUUCCAUGCUGAGUUUCAACAGUUUGAAUUGGCCUAGUAUUUAGGCCAGUUUACUUAUCUCCUGCUUUCACACUCUUCACUGUUACCUUGGUUCUUUCUUCAGUCCUAUUGCUCAAUCCAACACAAAAUUAAGCACAAUUAGAUUCAUUUAUUUCAAUGGGCUCAGGUUGAUUUACCUAAUUUUGUUGGAUUUUGGCUCUGAACUUUGCAUAUUCUGUGGCAAUGAACUCUGCCUCUUAAUGGCCCACAAUAUAGGCAGGGAAUCAAUUCAGAGAAAAACUUACAACUAUUCUAUAUGUUCCUUUGCAUUAUCAGCUUGUGGGCUUAUUGUACAAUCCAGCACAAAAUGAAGCACAAUUAAAUCCAUUGAUUUCAUUUCACUCAAACCACUUUAGAGCUGCUGGGCUUCGAAAGGCAGACUUUGGUAGAGUUAAAUAGCAGUGUUAUUCCUUCAGCUAUCAACCACAGCAAAAUUACAGUGAGUGCCACCAUUCCUGCACUGGAUUUCUAAUGUUUAGGAUUCAGGAGAUGUUACUGUACUGUAUCUGAACCUUCCUGAUUUUGUCCUGUUGGCUGAGAUAGUGGGAAUGAAAUUUUUGCAGAGUAGUUUCUCUUCCAGUAAAGCCCAAUCUAUUUGCAAUUCAGCCAGCCCACAUGCCAUGAGACUGCCGAAAAACACAUUUGCCUGGUGGAACCAUAUAUGUGGGCUGUAAGAUUUGAAGGCACAUCGCCACGUGGAUUCUGACCUCGUCGUGUGGAGAAUUUAGGGAACAGUGGCACACAUUCUUGUCAGGCACUAGCGAAAAGAUUCUCUGUGGAACUGGGCUCAUCCCUCUUAUUAUUAACGUUACUUGCCAUGGGUUGGGUCCAGACUUAAAGUAGUCUUACUGCAACCUGCAAUGGAUCUACCCUAAACAUGAUCAAGGCUGCACUUAGGCCAAGAUAAUACAGUCCUGCUUUCUCAGUUCAAAGAAAUUGUCAUUGCAGCCAUCUUAAAAAAGGAAUUAUUGUAGUGUCUUCAGGCAUUACAGUGCCUGUAUGGAGCAAUGUUUGCUUACAGAUGAUGUGUUGAGUAUUAAGUUCUAGCAGCUGAUACUUGGGGAGGAUGAUUUUCCCUACUGUUCCAACUGACUCUGAGUAAAAACAGGUACAGUACCCUGCAGGUUUAGAUCCAUGUUUCUUUAUCCUCACCAUCGCCAUCCUACUCAGCAGAGCCCAGUGAAAACCAGACACCUUCAUUUUUAUGACCUUUCCAUUACUGUCAAAAAUAUUGCUCAUUAUGGUACUUUGCAGUAGU